AUGGGUUCCUAUCUUGUUAAUGCAACAUUCCAGUCCAAAAUAACAGAAGGGGAAGAUAUUAUUGUUGGAAUGAUUUAUACAGUGUUUGGAAUAUGCUCCUUGUGUGGAAACAGUAUUCUUCUGUAUGUUUCCUACAAGAAAAAGAAUUUGCUAAAACCAGCAGAAUACUUCAUGAUCAACCUUGCCAUCAGUGACCUUGGUAUGACUCUGACCUUGUACCCUCUAGCUGUUACAUCCAGCCUUUCUCACAGAUGGCUGUAUGGUAAACAAGUUUGCUUGUUCUAUGCAUUUUGCGGUGUACUUUUUGGGAUCUGCAGUCUGUCAACACUAACAUUACUGAGUACUGUGUGCUGCCUCAAAAUUUGUUUUCCAGCUUAUGGGAACAGAUUUAGGCAAGAACAUGGACGAAUCUUGAUAGCCUGCGCAUGGGCCUAUGCAGCAAUUUUUGCCUGUUCACCCCUAGCUCACUGGGGAGAGUAUGGAGCAGAGCCCUAUGGUACAGCUUGUUGCAUUGACUGGCAUUCAUCAAAUGUAAACACGGUGGCAAUGUCUUACACCGUAGCUCUCUUUGUCUUCUGCUUUAUCAUCCCCUGUGGGGUAAUUGUUACGUCCUAUACCCUCAUUCUGAUAACUGUCAAAGAAUCCAGAAAAGCAGUGGAACAGCAUGUCUCAGGUCCCACCAGGAUGAGCAACGUGCAGGCUAUUACAGUCAAGAUGAGCAUUGCUGUAUGCAUUGGAUUUUUUGCUGCCUGGAGCCCCUAUGCCAUCAUAGCCAUGUGGGCAGCUUUUGGAUCCAUAGAAGGGAUUCCUCCACUAGCCUUUGCUGUGCCAGCUGUCUUUGCAAAGUCCUCAACACUCUACAACCCAGUUACCUAUCUUCUUCUGAAGCCCAAUUUCCGAAGCACCCUUGCCAAAGAUUUUGGAGUUCUCCAGCAAUUAUGCAUCAGGACUUGUUUUUGCCUCAAGGCCCUACAGAGUUGCAGUUACAGGUCAGUUCUGGAAAUCGGCCUGAAAUCAUUUAAAGGGAGAAAUGAGUCCAGCUGUAACUCAGUGCAGACUGUGGAAGGAUGUUCUUACUUCCCUUGUGAAAAGUGCAAUGAUACUUUUGAAUGCUUUAAGAACUAUCCAAAAUGCUGCCAGGAGAGGUUAAGCACUAUGGAAUAUACUCCCCAAGAAAGUGUAUCUUUGGAGAGUAGUCUCCAAGCAAAACGGAAGCAGGAUGCCAAGAAAUCUGUAAAGGUGGUUGUUCAAGGAGAAAAAAACACUCAAAAUGAUAACUUUGAAAUCACCUUGGAAACAAUACCUGCACACAGCAGAUUUGCAAAUCUUUAG